CUAUCCGCCGCCCCGCAGUGUCGGCGGCACAAGAUGGCGGAGGAGAGCAGCGUCUGCAGCUUCGUGUUCAAGAAGCGGGGCCGGGCCGCGGGCAGGGGCCGGCGGAAACGGCCCAGCAGCGACCAGGAGCAGGAGAGCAGCGGGGAGGAGGGCAGCACAGUGGUGAGGAAGGAGCGGCGGCGGGAGACCCCCAACCCCAUGAUCCAGAAGACCCGGAGGUGCACCAGGGAGAGGCCGGAGUACGCCCCGAGCAGCAGUGAGGACGAGGACCCUGCCAAGGACAUCGGGGUCACCUACAAAUCCACCAGGUCGGCGAAACCUGUUGGCCCAGAAGACAUGGGAGCCACAGCAGUGUAUGAACUGGACACGGAGAAGGAGAAGGACGCCCAGGCCAUCUUUGAGCGCAGCCAGAAAAUCCAGGAGGAGCUGAGAGGAAAGGAAGAUGAUAAAAUUUACCGUGGCAUUAACAACUACCAGAAGUACGUGAAGCCCAAGGACACGUCCAUGGGAAACGCCUCUUCGGGAAUGGUCAGGAAAGGCCCCAUCCGUGCUCCAGAGCACCUUCGGGCCACGGUGCGAUGGGACUACCAGCCUGACAUCUGCAAGGACUACAAAGAGACGGGGUUCUGUGGCUUUGGGGACAGCUGCAAGUUCCUGCACGACCGCUCGGACUACAAGCACGGCUGGCAGAUCGAGCGGGAGCUGGACGAGGGGCGCUACGGGGUCAACGACGAGGAGAACUACGAGGUGAGCAGUGAUGAGGAGGACAUGCCUUUCAAAUGCUUCAUCUGCAGAAGUUCCUUCAAGAACCCCGUGGUCACCAAGUGUAGGCACUACUUCUGUGAGAGCUGUGCCCUCCAGCACUAUCGCAAAUCCCAGCGCUGCUACGUCUGUGACAAGCAAACCAACGGGGUCUUCAACCCAGCAAAAGAGCUCAUGGCAAAACUGGAAAAACACAAAGGAGGAAGAGGAGGAGCAGCAGUCAGACCACAGCGAGGAUGGGCAGUAGCAGAGCACCCUGUUUUGUAUAUAACUGAAUAAAGCUUUUGUAGGAUAAAAAAAAAAA